UGUAGAUGGCGCUUCGUUCGUGUUGUUCACUAACCACUAAGUGAGCCUACAAUUGUUAAUAAAGACUGAAUAAAAACUUUUCUUCUUAAGUAUAUUGAAUUUAUGAAGUUAAAAUAUGUCUGAUAGUUCGGACGAGGAAUUAACUGGUGGAGAAGAAGAAAAAUGGGUUUUAUACAAAGAUCGUGAGGAAUGGAAUGAUGUUACUCCUUUAUCUCAAGACGAUGGUCCUAAUCCAAUUGUUGCUAUUGCAUAUUCAGAAAAAUUUAAAGAUUCAUAUGAUUAUUUUCGAGCAAUUUUAAAAUCUGGUGAAAAGUCUGAACGUGCAUUAGGAUUGACGGAAGAUUGUAUUUGGUUGAAUCCUGCGAAUUAUACCGUGUGGCAAUACAGAAGAGAAAUACUUAAAGCUUUAGGAAAAGAUUUGAAAGAAGAGUUGAAAUAUAUCAAUAAAAUUAUUGAACACAAUUCCAAGAAUUAUCAAGUUUGGUAUCACAGAAAAGUUAUCGUCGAGUGGUUGAAAAAUGCAUCAGAAGAAUUACAAUUCACUGAGUUUAUCUUAAAAAAGGAUGCUAAAAAUUAUCACGCUUGGCAACAUCGUCAGUGGUGUAUUAAAACGUUUAAUUUAUAUGAGAAAGAGUUGAAAUAUGUAGAAGAGUUGUUAACGGAGGACGUUAGAAAUAAUUCUGCGUGGAAUCAACGGUUUUUUGUUAUAAGUAAUACAACUAAGUUUGAGCCUAAUGUCAUCGACAAAGAAGUUGAUUUCGCUUUGAAGAAAAUUUCUUUAGUUAAAGCAAAUGAAAGUGCCUGGAAUUAUCUUAGAGGUGUUCUUAUGCAACAAAGUGGUGGUUUAGUUCAUAAUGACAAAGUACGUAAAAAAUGUGUAGAACUUUACGAGGAAGGAUAUCGGACCAAUCAUUUGUUAGCAUGUAUCAUUGAUAUUUCUAUGGAAAGUCCUGUAAAUGACGAAUUACCUGAAUCAAUAUUUCACAUUAACAAUGCUCUUAAGUUGUGCAAAGAGCUAUCUGAAAAACACGAUAAGAUAAGGAAACGAUACUGGAAUUUUAUUGGCAAUCAGUUAUUACAAAAGUUAGAAACUCUGUAAUAAUAUUUUUAAAAUCUAUUCUUGUGGUUUUAUCAAGAGGUUUAUAUAGGUAAUCGUUAUAUAGUUUUACUAUUGAAACUUUUAUAAAUUGACUUUUAUCUUUAACAAUGAUAAGAUGUAUAUAUUAAGACUUAAUAUGAUCACAAGAUUAUUUUAUUUUACAAGAUAUAAAUUUAAGAUGUCUUAUGUUUAUCGAAAUAUCUAAUUUUUUUUUAAUUUUCAACAAAUAAAAAAAGAUGCAACAAACCUAGCCCGUAUAAAAAGUUUAAAUUGAAACAACAAAAUAUAUCAUCAAAUCAAAAGAAAAAUGUGGAAUCUUUGGGAGAGACAAUAUAGUGUGCAGUGACGAACAUUAAUAUCUAUUUAUUUAUAAAAUAGUUACAGAUUCCCGUGUAUAAUACAUAAUUAAUUGGCAAUAAUCAUUCAUUAUAAUAAACAGCUAGGCGUUUGCAUAAACUAAUCAUAAAAACCUAAGACACGUUUUUAAUAUAGCAUUUCUAUUAUCAAAAAGGGAUGCUAAAUUUGAUAGUACCCUUUUUUUUUUUUUUUUACUAAACUUAUAGAAAUCUUAUUAAACCGAGGCUUUGUUACUAAAAAACGUGAGACGUUUCUUUUUCUUGUUUUUUUUUUUCUUUCUUUCCAUCUCAAAAUAGUUACACAUGUGCCUUUUUUUCAAGGCAAUUAGUAGCGGAUCGUCUGAAACGAGAAGCGAUUUUCGUUGCGGACAAGCGACGGGCAGUGACUGUGUUGCUCGAGCCGGACGAUUCGCUUUUACGUCUAGAUAUGAGAAUUUGUAUCAUUUCAUUUCAUUAUUCUUCACAUUUUGAAAUCUUUUUCAUUAGUUACUGGCCCUCCUUCCUGUAGGAUCUAACGAUACCCUAAUGAUAUAGGAAAGCAUACUUUUAUUUUCAAAAUUUCUAUUUAUUUCGGCUAACGUAUGUUGAUAAUAUAAAAAACACAACACUUUUUGUUUAUCUAUCAUUCGAAAUCUUAUCUGAUGAGUAGCAUUACGAACUAUUAUUUAAAAAGAAAAAAGAAAAAUAAGAGAGAAUAAAUAUAAAUGUACAAAUAAAAUGUCUAAAUUACCUUGAGUCGUCUAAUUUACUCGUUAAUUUUUAUCAAUUGCAAAGUAUGUUCAACAAAAUACGUAUUUAUAAAAAGAUGUUUAUUUUUUUUUUUAGCAAAUAUUACGUUAUUUGUUAAACAAAAACAAAACCAACGCUAGAUCGCUGCUUCGUUUUUACCGACGAUCAUAUUAUUUAUACAAAACCGCGGAAUAAUAACAAUAAUAAUAAUAAUAAUAUCAGUAAUAAUAAUAAUAAUAGUAAUGCAAUUUAAAAUGAAGCUCUCAGCAUAGAUUUGUUUUCGUUGAGAGGGGAUCCUAAAGCACGGUUCAUCUAUCCUAACAUUUAACAAUCAACAUUCAAACGAUUAUUCCUCUGCGCAAUUUUAUUUCUUUUUUUCGAAUGGACCUUCGCUUUAUUUCUUUCAUUUGCAUUUAUGUUAGAUAUAU